UGAUCUACUUCGGUGGUCCAGCGUGCUGAAAUCGUUGCUUGAUUGUGGUUUAUUUCACCAUCAUUGAGGGAAUCCUCAAUAUUAGAAAGUAUCCUAGCCUUCAUGUUUUAGCACAUUUUUUGAAUAACUUAACCAAUUAUAGAUAUAGCCCUUGGCAAUAUGUUUUUCGGCAACCACACAAGUUCAUUGUUUAGCCUGAAACUAGAAAGCAAAUGUAAGUUUUCUGUCGAAAAAAUCCUUAACUAACACCAGUUUAGUAAAUGAACCGGCAACAGCCAUCACAGACCACCCACUGACCCGAGGGGGGGACCCGCAAGAGGGAAAGGAGUGGGAGUUCAGCCAAGCCAGGAGAGGCUAGCGGAGGACGCCAUUGAACCCGGGAGCUGCCGACGGGAUUUUGUAACGAAAGGAUAAUUAUGAAAUCGGGACAAUUGGAGAAUUCAACAAGCGUUUCCACUUUUAAUUGAAGUUUUAGUUCCAGGAAUCACAACGUUCGUCGCCAGGUCGCUGGAGAUAUGCUACUCAUCGCCGUUCUAGAGGUCAAGGAGAGGAGUUUCAUCGUUCUACAGUCCCCAGAUAUGCCUGGUCGCCGGCGGACCAGCCUCUCACCAUGAACGGCAGCGCCAGCUGGAAUGUCUCCACUGGGGGAAACGCCACGGAGGCGUGGUACGAGGAUGAGGGCCCGGCGGUGCUGGAGUCAGUGUUCAUUGUCGCCAUAGCCCUCCUCGCCUUCCUCGGCAACUUCCUCAUCGUGGCCACCCUGUACUGCCGGCCCUACCUCCUCACGCCCAGCAACAAGUUUGUGUUCAGCCUGACCCUGUCCAACCUGCUGCUGUCCAUUCUGGUUCUGCCGUUCGUGGCGGUGAGCUCGGCGCGGCGGGAGUGGGUGUUCGGAGUGGUCUGGUGCAACUUCACCGCCCUACUGUACCUGCUCAUCAGCUCGGCCAGCAUGCUCACCCUGGGGGCCAUCGCCAUCGACAGGUACUAUGCUGUGUUAUACCCCAUGAUCUACCCGAUGAAGAUCACGGGUAACCGGGCGGUGCUGGCCAUCGCCUACGUGUGGCUCCACUCCCUGGUUGGCUCCCUGCCGCCGCUCUUCGGCUGGUCGUCCUUCGAGUUUGACCGCUUCAAGUGGACCUGCGUGGCGUCCUGGCACCGCAACCCCGCCUACACAGCCUUCUGGGUCGCCUGGUGUGCCCUCCCGCCGCUGGUCGCCAUGCUCGCCUGCUACGGCGUCAUCUUCCGCGUGGCGCGCCACAAGGCCCGCAAGGUGCACUGCGGCACCACCGUGGUGGCCUCGUCGGACGACGCCUCUUCGGGCUCGCAGACGAACGGCCAGCGCAAGAACUCGUCCACGUCCACGUCGUCCACCGGCAGCCGGCGGAGUUUGGUGUACGCCGGGAGCCAGUGCAAGGCCCUGGUGACCAUCAUGGUGGUGAUCGGCACGUUCGUGGUGACAUGGGGCCCGUACGUGGCAGUGGUGUGUGCGGAGGCCCUGUGGGGCCAGAGCAGCGUGGCCCCGCGUCUGGAGACCCUGGUGGCGUGGCUGUCCUUCUGCAGCGCCGCCUGCCACCCACUCAUCUACGGCCUCUGGAACAAGACCGUGCGCAAGGAGCUGCUUGGCAUGUGCCUCGGCGACCGCUACUACCGCGUGGAGUCGUUCGGUACGCGUCACCGCACGUCCCGCCUCUUCAGCAUCUCCAACCGCAUCACAGACCUGGGUAUGUCCCCUCAUCUGACGGCCAUGCUGGUGGGAGGAGGGCAGCUGUUGGCCCCUGGUAGCAGCACCGGAGACACAGGCUUCAGCUUCACCCAGGACUCAUGCACAGACGUGAUGCUGUUGGACAACUUCUCCACAGAUGGCUCCUCCCACCAGGGAAGUGUGGCGGUGAAGAGGAGGAGCUCGGUCACCUUUGAAGAUGAACAGCAGCAUUCCAAAGAGAGCCCCCCCACGCCCCCGCCGGCCCAGGUUCAGGUAGAGAUCCACAAGGCUCUGGACACUUUCGCCUCCUGCCUGGCCAGGGCCAUCGAGAACGACGCCAAGCUCACGCUGUUCGGCGAGGGCGCCCCCAUAUCCGGGACGCUGUUCGCGGCAGCAAGGGGGCCACCGAGACCCCGAUACCUGGAUGGCCAGCGACUGAGACUGGAGAGCAUCGACGAAGGGAUCGUCAGAGACGACACCGAGGACCAAGAGGGGGACGAUGAGGAGGAGUUGUCUGCAUGAAACCACAGCCACUUUCCUCCUGUUAGGUACCUAAGGGUUUUGCGGUACACUGGGCAUCUUGAAUCCCUCAUCAUCUUGGUGCGCUCCUGACUAGGCACGGUGUGUGUAUUUGCAAAGUAGACAUUGAGAACCGACGCGAUUCACCGGUCAAAUGCUGCACUGGCCUGGUUCAGUUCGUGUCUAGCGUUUCCAAAUGUUGUCCUGUAAAAUAGUUCGUUCACCACAGAGGGGCCCAACGACCACUUUUCACACGCUGAAAUCUUACAAAUCAACCGGCACACUAAAGACAUUGUGGGACCAAGUAUUGAUUGCCUUUGCUAAUUAGAUGUGAUCACUAGGAAGCCUUGAAGACCGCGUCUUAACGGUUCAGUAUUAGUCCUUUCAUUGAAACAUUUUGGUUUAUGAGUAUGAUAUGUUAAGAAAAGUGAUUCCUCGUUUUCCUUCUUGGAGACGCCACCUGGUGUUCCUGGUUCUCAGUAGGCGUCAGCUUCCUGUGUAAGUCACCAUUUGACAGUACUGCAAAUGAAAACAUGCCCCAGGUAGAUUACCACGUUGUUGGAUUUGGAAUAAUCUCCAGGUAUGCACAAUGACAACAUCUGAACAGUAGGAAUUCUGGGCUCUCCACAACCAAGUUUACAUCAGAUUUUGAUAGUGGACACAUUUUAAACAGAUGCAGACGAUUGAAAGACCCAUUGUUAUCCAAUUAGAUAUUUAGAUAUUACAAGUGUAAACAGGCAAGAGUAGGACUAAGACCGUGUGUUAGAGGCAGAUGUAAACUGGGCUUUAUACCUCUGACUCUUAAACCUCUUCAUUCCUCCGACUCUUUGCUUUCACACAACUACAGUAACUUGACUCAGCAUGGAAGUAGGUCAAUAGAACAAAACCUUGAGUUCAGUGUAAUUCAACUUGUGAGAAGUGCCCAGUGAUCAGAGACCACGUUCAUAUUACUGCCAUUGUGGUUAUUACAUGUUGAAAAUGUUAUGUCCCCAUUAGAGCACCAGUUCUGUCCCAGAUAAUCACUGUGGACCCUGUUAGCUAUUUUGGUCGACGGUUGGUAUGUCUUACCUCAGAACCGAGACUCUGUAUGUGUGUCACUGUCUGAGGAUGGUACCGUGUUGAAAAAGCUAAGUACUACUCCUGAACAUAUAGUAUUGUACAUUUCCACUAAGAUUUUUUUGUUACGGUUGUAUUACAGUCCUUUUUAUAUAUAUA